AUGGGCGCCUUACUAAGUCGUCAACAUGGCUUGGCGGAUGGCGAGGAAGCGAACAACAGUUUUGUGUAUAGGUAUCCACCGAAAAACGGAAAUUACUUCGCGUCUCAUUUUAUCAUGGGAGGUGAGCGAUUCGAUGCCUCGCAGCCUGAAGCAUAUCUCUUCGGGGAGAAUUCCGAUCUGAACUUUCUCGGCAGUCGUCCGAUGCCGUUUCCGUACCCAGCGCCGCAACCGAACGAGCCAACGAGACCUCUGCGGUGUCUAAUCAACAUCAGGAAAGAAUCUCUCCGUUUCAUCAGGGUCAAGGACAAGGAAAACUCUUGUCCGAACGGACUUUCCGAAGAGGAGUCGAACAAGAGCCCUCAGACUCCCUCCACGAGGUACAAUCUGGAAUUCGUUUUCGACUCGGAGUGCCGAUGCGCCAUCACUGUCCAUUAUUUUUGUACGGAGGAAGUAACGCCCAAUGGCAUAACGUACUCGCCUCGUUUCCCGACCAUGUCCUCAGAAACGUAUCAUUACAAACGAGGAUGUAAUCAGCAAUUCCAACAAAGUUCACAUGUUUUCGAUCCGUCGAAGUAUUCCGACUCCGAACUCACCUACAAUAAUUACACCUUACUACUCAGCGAUGAUCCGCCAAUAAUCUCACUCAAUCAGACGGAUAUCUUUAUGAGCAUCCGGUAUGAAAUCUCAGGUAUAACCGCUGAGCGUACGACUGCGAUGCCCGAUGGCGGUGAAGUGUUCCCGGUUGUAAUCCAAUGCGUUGCCGAAGAAGGUGAAGAACCUAGACAAAGUCACGUUUUGCUUGCCGUCGUCGAACGCGCUAGCGCAGCCCUCGGAUCUACGGUCGAUUCAGUUACGUACACCUUAAAACCUCUCAAACAGAAGCUCUUUGUGGACGGCCUCGUGUAUCUGCUGCAGGAGAUUUACGGCAUCGAAAACAAGAACAUCACACCUCACGUAAACUUACGGAUAGGUCCCCCUCGGUCCCCCUUCUUACGACCGGAUCGCUCUUUGCAGCCGGACGAUGAAGCGGCCAACGGUGCGGUCGAGGACAGCGAUUGUGAAGAGGGCGGUUGUGAGUGCGUGAUUUGCAUGAGUGAAGCGCGGGACACACUGAUCCUGCCGUGCAAGCAUCUGUGUCUAUGUUCGGCUUGUGCCGACUCUCUUCGAUAUCAAGCAAACAACUGCCCCAUUUGUCGCGCCCCCUUCAGAGCCCUUCUGCAGAUCAGGGCAGUCCGCAAGAUGCUCCUGAGUUCUCAUCCUUCGGCACAAAUUAGCGAACUUCAACAAGUUGGGCAGGACGUCCCUGCGGGCUACGAGAGUAUCCCUCUGAUUGAGGCUCUCAACGGCCCGACGAGUCAGAACCCAACCUUGACGGUUCCUCACGAUCGGGAGACCACCGGCAAAAAAUCGAAAAUGCAUCGCAACAAAUCAAGCUCCGCCGGAUCGCUCCGGCAUCAGAACGACAAUCUCCAAGUUCCAACGGAGGGAACUGUGACCGUGGCGGGUGGACCGAAGGAGUCUCCGAGGAAUCGGAAUCUCCAGCACCACCAUCGGAGUUCCUCGGGAACCGUGACCGACGCUGGAGCUCUGACGAGAGCGGAAACAGCGCCUCCCGGGAGACAUCGCAAGCAUAAGCCGCACGGAAAAACGAAGAACUCAGCUCUGAGACCUCAUACUGCUCAGCCCAGCACGACUUCUCUGGCUGAUACGUCCUUGUCUCCGGAGAGCAAAUCUCUUCUUGAGGGCCAGAAUCAUGACGAGCCUGGGAAGAGCUUGAAAGAGGAGGUUUCGUCGGAUAAUGACCUCGAUACCGACAUUCCAACAGUAAUCACAGUGGAUCAGGCGACGGACACUAGCUUGGAUAAUCGGGAUCAUCUGCACGGAUCGCGGGAAGAGAAUUCAGAGAUGAAUAUGCUUUUCCACCGACGCAAGGCUUUCCCGGACCAGACCUGUCGCGACAGUGGCGAUGCGCCAAAUGACCGAAUUAGAGAGCUGGAGCUCCUCGAAAAAACCUGUUCCCUGAAUCUCAAGACCUCCGUCCCCCAAGUGCCCAGUCCUUCAAAUUCUGUUCCUGGUACUCCAGACGGCUCAGCGCGUUCGAGCGCAGAGAGCUUCUCGAGUUCCAGCUCUGGGACUAGACUCCUGGUGAACUCACAGCCCGCGACGCCAGGCUGUCUGUGCAGUAAUCCCGUGACUGUGGUCACGAUACAGAGCUCGAAGAAUUGCAUUUGCCUACCACCGAAAGCAUGUCUCUGCUCUAGCCCGACGAAAAGUGCAACGACGUCACCGAGCUCAAGGACGUGCAUUUGUGUCCCGAACACUUCGUCACUGCCGGUACCAGGAGACACUGAGGAGGUGUAG